AUGAAGGAUGCAGUUGACGCCCCAAUUUCGACCAACGCUCCUGUUGCCGAUUUGGAGAAUGCUCGAGAUAAUAUAUCUGGCGAGAAGUCCAGUGCCUCGGAUAUUCACCUGGUAGAGUGGGAUGGGCCUGAUGAUCCAGAACUUCCCAUGAACUUUCCCUUUUGGAGGAAAUCGCUCAUCACUUGCAUCUUCAGCACAUUGACCAUCUGGGUAACCUUCUCCAGCAGUGUCUUUAGUGCUGCGACCACGGUCACUUCCGAAGAUUUUCAUGUUUCAGUGGAGGUCAUGACGUUAGGAACCAGUUUGACCGUGCUUGGCUUUGCGGUGGGACCACUGAUUUGGGGACCCAUGUCAGAGUUAUAUGGCCGACUAAGGCCUCUCUAUAUUGGAUACGCCAUCUUUAUCAUCUUCCAGGUUCCCGUGGCGGUUGCGCAGAACCUCGAAACCGUGAUGCUUGCACGUUUCUUGCUGGGAUUUUUUGGUACCUCCGCUCUUGCAAUUAUACCUGGUGCUCUGGCGGACUUUUGGGGUCCAGUGGAGCGCGCGAUUGCCGUCUCUUUAUUUUCCGCGGCCACCUUCGUUGGGCCGAUAUUCGGGCCAAUAGUGGGAGGAUUCAUCGUCGACUCAUCUCUGGGAUGGCGCUGGACUGCCUGGAUCACCAUGAUCCCAGCCGCAUUCUUCGGUACGAUCGCUUUCCUCACGCUACCCGAGACAUACCACCCGGUUCUCCUCCAGCGCCGUGCCAGUCGGCUUCGUAAUGAGACACGCAUCUGGGCCUACCAUUCCCGCCUGGAUGAAAGCAAGCCAACGUUUAGCCAAAUCCUGACGAAAUAUCUUUUCCGCCCGGUUCAGAUGCUUUUCUUGGAGCCGAUCCUCGUCUGCAUGACUCUCUACAUCUCGCUUAUCUAUGGUAUAUUGUACCUCUUCUUCGUGGCAUAUCCAAUCGCCUUUCGGGAGGUCCGGGGUUGGACUUCCUUGGGAAUCGCGGCCUUGCCUUUCCUGGGCAUCCUAGUCGGGGUCCUACUGGGCUGCCUCCUUGUCACCAUCGCAACGCGCCUGUGGUACGCUCCUAAGGUACUGAAUUUGUCUGUCGUACCGGAAGAUCGUCUACCCCCCAUGAUUGUUGCGGCUUUACUCCUGCCUGUCGGGCUAUUCUGGUUUGGAUGGACAUCGAGCCCGAGUGUCUCGUGGGUGCCACAGGCCAUUGCAGGAGUACCCAUCGGAAUGGGGAUUCUGAUGAUCUGGAUGCAAGGCCUGAACUAUUUGAUUGAUGUAUAUUUGGUGGUUGCCAAUUCGGCUCUGUCUGCAAACACUCUUAUUCGAAGCAUGAUAGGUGCUGCGUUUCCACUUUUUGGGUCGGCAAUGUACAGCAGAUUGGGAGUGGACUGGGCUACGUCGCUCCUCGGCUUUCUGGCUGUUGGGAUGAUCCCGAUUCCUAUUAUCUUCUAUUUCUAUGGGGCGAAAAUUCGGGCCUUGAGUCGUUUCUCUCCCAAGCUGUAA